GUCACGUGACACGCUGAAACAGACAAACUUUACAUCAGAUGCAGACAAAACAUGUCGCAAACCUCUAAAGGCUGCUACAGACCGGCCCAACCGUUGGCCAUCUGAAACGUUUGAGGAGACUCGGACGAGUUUGUUCAGAUGUGUUGGAAGCUUUUGGUGCGGACGGUGUCCGGUCUGAUUCAACAUGCAAAGUCUGAGUGCAUUCGCAUCUGAUGAAUAGAGCCUCUGCUUGGUUGUCUGCUGCUAGUAAACAAUCAGCGAAUCAGCGCGGUGUGUGGGAGGGGAGGAAUAGCGCCACGAGAAUAGCGCCUCUUGCAAGCACAGAACGUGCUGUGUAGUUGGCAGUAGUCUUCGCGGUGUGUUUCAAUGCAACUUUUCUUCCAAACGGCUCAGACAAGAGGCAUCGGAGUGGUCGGAUAAAGGCAGUUGGCCGUUGGUUUAAGUGUGGGUGGUGUGUAGGACUUCCCAUACACCUUGGCUUUCAGGGUUUCAAUAAACCGGCCUUUCUGGAAAUGUAUAGCAUCAAUCUUAGCUGUGAAGACUUCCUUGUGGUACAAGAUCAACUACAUUUUUGAUGGGUGGUGCGGCAACAAAUGGAACUGGGUGUUUACCGCAUGCAAUAAAAGAAUUCAGUCGAGAACAAACCCUGAACCUGUCAGGAAGCCCCGGACGAGUCCAGUCAUCCAAAUGGCGAGACUCAAAUCCCUAGCGGAGCGUGACGUCUACUGCUGUUCCAUCUGUCUGGAUCAGCUGCGCGAGCCGGUGACCAUACCCUGUGGACACAGCUACUGCCUGGGCUGCAUCAGAGACUAUUGGAGCAACGACAGGAGGUUCUUCAGCUGUCCCCAGUGCAGGAAGAUCUUCACGUUGAGACCGGCUCUGGAGAAGAACACCGUUCUAGCGGAGCUCAUUGAAAACACGGAGGCAGCAGCCAACAGACAGCCAGACCCUGACCCUGACCCAGACCCUGACCCGGACUCUGACCCCUGCUCUGCUGGACCCGGAGAAGUGGGCUGUGACAUCUGCACCCUGGUGAAGAUGAGGGCCAUCAAGACCUGUCUGGUUUGCAUGGUGUCCUACUGUGAGGAGCACGUCCUGAGUCACUAUCAAGUGGCCGGGCUGAAGAGACACAAGCUGGUGGAACCGACAACCGAACUCCAGGACAACAUCUGCCCCCGUCACGACGAGGUCAUGAGGAUCUACUGCCGCCGAGACCGGGUCAGUAUCUGUAACCUGUGUGCUGUGGACGAGCACCGAGGCCAUGAGACGAUCACAGCCGAGGCCGAGAGACUCGAGAGGCAGAAGGAUCUCAUCGGGCACCAGAGAGUCGUGCAGGCAAGGAUCCAGAAGGUGGAGGAAGAUGUUGUGGUUCUUCAGGAGGAGAUUGACUCUAUCAAUCACUCUGCUAACGUAGCAUUGAGAGAUAUCGACGAGCUCUUUGCUGAGAUGAUCCGUCCCCUUGAGAGCCAGAGGGCCGACAUUAAAGAGAAGAUCAGGACCAAGGAGAAGGUGGCGGUGAGCCGGCUCCACGACCUGCAGCGUAACCUGGAGCAGGAGAACUCCGUGAUGAGGAGGAGCAUCGAUGACCUGGAUGCUCUCUUCCAGAGCCACAGUGACAUUCACUUCCUGAAAGAAUGCCCUCAGGACUUGUUUCUCAAGAAGUACACAGGCCUGCCCCCGAGAGGCCCUGAUCCCAUGCAGUACUUGAAGAACGUGACCUUAGCUUUGGCCAAGAUGAGGAAUAAACUAAAGGAGUUUGUAAAAGACGAAGCCCCUCCUGUUUCACGAGCCGUGGCCGAAGUGGACGUCCUGCCUUCACAGCAGGCUGAGCCCAAGUCCAGAAGUGAUUUCUUACAAUACUCAUGUGAACUGAGCUUCGACCCAAAGACAAAAACCAAAUUCCUGACUCUGUCCGAGGAUGACCGAAAGGUGAUGUCUGAGGGGAACAAAAAGGUCAAGUUUGUGGGUUCCAGAGCGGUGAGGCCGAAGAAGAACCGAGCAGGAAAGCAAAGCCCGCUGGUCUGGGCGGUGGAGCAGUGUCUGAGUAAAGAGUCUCUGACUGGGAGGCAGUACUGGGAGGUCAGCUGGACCACGCGCUACGUCUCCAUCGCCAUGGGUUACAAGGACAGCUCGUGGAAUGACCAGGGCGCCGACGACAAGUCCUGGGCUCUGAUCGUCUGCCCCACCGCCGUUGAAUUCAAACACAACGACGUCAUCACCCUGCUCCCCGGCCCGCACCCCUCCAGGGUGGGGGUGUACUUGGACUACAGGGCGGGCACCCUGCGGUUCUACUGCUCCAAUACCAUGACCCUGCUGCACAAAGUGCAGACCAUCUUCACCCAGCCGCUGUUCGCUGGCGUCACGCUGGACGCUCAGAGCGGGGCGACGGCAGAGUUCUGCUAUCCUCGCUUAGCUUAGAAGAGCGGUUUGAGAUUGAAAUGUGACUUCCAUUAUGAUUGGAGGUUGGUUAUAUUUUGUUAUGUUCUCGGAAUAGUUGCUAUUUGUUGUGACAAUGAUGAUGGGAAUGCAGCAUUAGCCUGGAACUUAAAGCAUCGGGAAAUUCUGAUUUUUUUGACGUUACGAAUGUCAAAUGUCAGUUGAAUUAGAUGUUUGAAAGUUAUACUUUUACUCCAGUAAAUUAUAAAUUCAUUGUCUUAAGUUUUUUUUUCUUUCAAACAUACCCCUCCCCCUCGCUAGAUGGGAAUGUAGGGGGUGGAGCUGAAGUGAAACCUAGCCCCGCCCCUUAAGUCAAUUCAAAUGUCAACAAGAAGUUUGCCAGAUGGCAUUCUUUUAAUUCUUGAGGAUGGACGGGUACUAGCUCAAACUGGUUAUUCGGUUUCCUCUAAAGCUUUGUCACAUUACGAAUAUAAGGUAAGGAACAAUUAAUGUUGAUUUUUUUUAAUCAAACUUCUACACCCAAACAAAAAAUUAAAUUAUCAAUUCAUUAUUCUUGAGAUUUUUAAUGUUUGGAUCAUAUAAAAGAAAGCAUUUUAUGUAUUAGAAUUAAUUGUAUGCUUAUAAAUGACACAAUUUAACAGGUUUUGGGCACAUCUUUACCAGAAUCUCCUGUAGUGCUGGUUGUUUGACAUUUCCUUUGACAAUAAAACACUGAAUCCUCA